AUGCAGCGAGCCAGCCCAGCUCUGCCGCUUCUGUGGCCUCGUCAGCGACUCUCCAACUUGACCUCCCUCCCUAGCCACAAGCGCACCGCGCCGGUCGACGGGCCCAGCCCCUCCGCCGCCAGUCCCGAUGCCGAGGACCCCGGCGGCCCCCAGGCGGACUCGGCCAAAAAAGCGCCGAAAUUGGACCUGGUUCUCGGGCGGGGCCAACCGGACCCCGGCCAAGUGGGCCAAGAAGCAAGCCAACGGUAA